ACUGUAAUUACGCUACUGGGGAAAAAAUAAAGCCCAGUUGGAGCCCAUAUGGAAGUAUGAGAUUAAAACUCGGAUCGACCCUUAUCCAACUGCGAUGGCCCUCACUCAUUUCGAUUCGCCGUCGUCGGGGCUUGAUACUGCGCUGGCUAUGGAUUAUUGUCGGACUGGCGUUCGUCGGGCAUAUGGUGUCUGGAUAUCUCUUCCAUUUCGCUUUACCUGAAGACAUAAACGAGGACGAUUUCCUCAGUUUUCAACCGGAAGUGACGGAGGAUUUCCCAACGGUUGCCGGACAGCGCCCGCGUAUCCCCCACAUCCUCCACCAGACGUACCGCACCGAGUACGUUCCGGCCAAGUAUGCGAGCAACAUCCGGUCGUUCAUGGACCACAAUCCGACCUGGGAGUACUUCCUGUGGACUGAUGAGAGCGCCCGGAAGCUCAUUAAAGAGCGCCGCCCUAACCUGCUGGAGACGUGGGACAGCUACCGUGACAAUAUCAACCGCGCGGACGCACUGCGUUACAUCGUUCUCUACGAGUUCGGCGGCGUUUACGCUGAUCUCGACGUUAACUGCUUCCGGUCGUUAGACAGAGCCAUGGUCAAAUACGCGUGUAUACUACCCACGGAGCCGUUCGAACAGAGCGCGUUUAAAAACAAGAUGCCGUAUUUCAUGAACAACGCCAUCAUCAUGUGCCGUCCGAAGCAUCCGUUCAUGAAACAGAUGCUAGACAACCUGCAUUUAUCGCGCGCCAUGUAUACCAACGUCGACGUGGCUGGCCCUAUGUUCGUGACGUCAGAGUUUUUAAAGUACGCGAACGUCGCUGCUGGUCAUCUGUACAAAACUCUUAAAGUGACCGGAAGUUUAUCCCCUUAUUUUUUCAAGGGAAACAUCAAAGAAGAAGAAGACGACGGAAUAUAUAUUCCGAAUACUGUAUAUUUUCUAGAUACAUUGAACAAUCAUUUUGAAGCUAGUCAUAUCGCGUAUGUUUCUAUUUGUAAACGGUUUAAGCAACUGUCGAAUAUAGAACAACGCGCAUGCGUAGAUCUCAAACGUAGAGGCUUUUACCGAAAACGUAGCCCUUUUACAUUCACGGAACAUUUGUGGGAGCAGUCGUAUGGGCCCCUUCAAAAGUUGUGGAAUCCCUUUGGUGUGUCCCUAAAGCAUAUCGAGCGCGUUGUACCUUCAUAUAAAAAGUAUUAGCAUUUAAGCAUAGUGAGCACACUAUGAUGUUGUUGUUUUAAAGAAUGGACACCAAAAUACAAACAAAACCCUGACUUACAUGAAUUGAUAUUGUAUAUGUGUGUGUGUGUGUUUGGGGGGGGGGGGGUGCAUGCGUGUGUGCGUGCAUGUUAACGAGGUCCUUAAGCGGUGUGUGUCCACUCACUCCUAGCUAUUUAAUUAUAUCGUCUCACGAAAGUAUGAAACAUUGUUCAUUAUCUCAGCAUUAACCGGCUAUUCUAACUAGUUUUAAAACUAAAUAUAUUCUAUUUGUCUUUCGGUUUGUGUUGUAGGUUUGUGUGUGUGUGUGUGGGGGGGGGGGGGGGUCCGGAAUACCCAGAGGAAACCAUAUAUUUCCGGUAUGGUUACCAACAACCAGACUCAUAUGCGCCACGAGUGGGUAUUGAAACCGAUGUGGGAAGCCCGUGUACCAUCCACUGUAUUGAAACCGAUGUGGGAAGCCCGUGUACCAUCCACUGUAUUGAAACCGAUGUGGGAAGCCCGUGUACCAUCCACUGUAUUGAAACCGAUGUGGGAAGCCCGUGUACCAUCCACUGUAUUAACCGGAUACACUGGCGUGUUUUUAAUUAAUGUGAGAUUCAACGCUUUAAGUCAUUAUGAGAAGAAUUUAUCAUAAUUCAUCCGGCAUGUUAAUGAUGUGUUAUUGCUUUAUAAAGUUGUUAUACCUCUG